CUCAACUCCAAGCCCAAUCCGCUACUGAAACCUCCAUGGUUGGCUUGAAAAAGGCCAGCGGUGAGCGUUUGACACCAAGCCUUUGCGCUCGGUCCCGGUGGAAUCCGGUGCCAUCCGGUGCCAUCUGCCGUGCUGGGCAGUGAUGUCUGUGCGGGCAUCCAUGAUGUUGUGGCUGAUGGGAAGCUUUGCCCUGGCGGUGGGCGCAGUGUCCCCGUCCAACGGGUCGAUGGCUGUGAAGUUCGGCGGGGAGGAGGAGAUCCCGUGUUUCCUCCAGGUGUCCAUGGAAAGACAGCUACCCCAAGCUCCGGAGAAGAAACACCACACACAUUUUCAUCUCGGAGAGAGAUGGCCCCUAUGGGUGAUCAGAAAUCACAUGCAGAAAGGAGUUGUGACUCCAAAAAGCAAUUCCUCUGGAUGGCAGGUGGCAUAUGAACCCGAAAAAGUGACUCCUUUGUUGCAUUCUUUGGGUCAGUUUAGCAAAGGGAUGGUCAUUUUUCUAUAUGUCUGCCUGAUGAUCAUGGUGCUGGCAUGGCUUAUGCGUGGUUUGCCAAAGAAGGCUCCACAAGACAAAAAAGUGAAGGAUGGGUGUCCCAGGACAUGGUUGAUCUUUUUGUGCUCGACCUAUGGCUUCAUUUACUUCACAACAGACCAGUAUGCCCCAAGCCUUCCGCAGAUGGGCGUGGACCUUUCAGGGUCCCAGGACCUGAUGAUUGCAACGGUGCAAAUGAACUUUGUCACCAAGUCAGCUCUGGGGCUGGUGAUCGCUGGCAUCUCUGACUACGUGGGUCGUCGACCUGUGAUGGUUUGCUGUUUGCCUCUCUUGGCCUUGGCGAGUUUUGCUUGUGGAUGUGCUCCGAACGCUGACUGGUUUGUCGCUGCGCGCUUCCUGCAGAGUUUGGGAGAGGCAGUGGAGCCGCUGAUCUUCGCGGCCUGUCGGGACUACUUCGCAAAACCCGAGGAUCGCAUCAUGGUCAUCACAGCUGUAGAACUCAUUAGUAGCACGGCACAGAUGGUGGCACCGAUUUUCGGAGGUUUUUCGAGUGUGGUCUUUGGUUGGCGCUUCUCCUUUUUCUGCUUGGCCCUGGUCUGGGGAUUACAUGCUGCCUAUGCGGCCAGAUAUAUGAUUGAAAGCUGCCCCGAUGCCCAACAGGAGGAAAAGGAGGGCAGUUAUUUCUUUGGCAUCCGGAAAAUCUUGGCCCCGGCUUCGCUUUUCCUGUUGCUCACCGAAUCCUGUGUCAUCGUCCCCUUUCAAGUCUUCAAUGCCAAUUUUGGAUAUGUGGCACAGGUGAACUAUGGCCAGUCUGCCGUGGCAACCGCCUUCUUUUUUCUGGGCUGGUCGGUGGUGGAUGCUGUUGGGAUCAUCGUCAUGCAGUGGUGGCAGUAUGCCAGUGGACUUUCCAUCCACCUAGUGAGCAGAACAGUGAUGGUCAUGUUUUGUCUCACGGGCAUUUUCUCACUGUAUCUCGGGAGCUUCGCAGAUCACCUGAGCUCGUACCUGACGGCAUCUUUCCUUCAGUCGCUGCUGAAUGCAGCAGCCUUGAUCCUUUUGAACGUCUUGUACUUUGAGCCCUUGGAACAGUGUGCCGGUUUGGCUGCCUCUUUUGAGAUUCUGGCGCAGGAUUUCCUGCCCUGUUUCUACUCCAUGAUUUGUACGCAAUCUUUGAUUCAUUCCGGGGUCGAGAGUUACAUGGAUCUGCAGUCUGUGAGUUUCGUGGCUGCUCCGAUCUUCUAUCUCGGCUAUGAGCUCGUCUCCCGUGCGGAUUUGAAGGUGCUGGGGGUCACAGAUGUGGCGACCGGUCUUGACAGUGCCGACAUUUGGGGCGAGGACGACAUCUUGACGGAUGAACUGAAACGUGCCAGCCCGGAUGAGAUCAAUCAGCGCAUCCGACUGCUGGAGAACGACAUCCGAGUGAUGAAAAGCGAGCAGCAAAGGCUCACCCAUGAGAUGAAGACCAUUGAGGAGAAGACGAAAGAUAACAAGGAGAAGAUCAAGUUGAAUAGACAGCUCCCUCACCUCGUGGCCAACGUCGCUGAGAUCCUGGAGUUGGAACCGGAUGAGGACGACGAGGAUGGUGCGAUGCAGGAUAUCGAUACGCAGAGAGAUGGGAAGAGCCUUGUAGUGAAGACCACCACACGGCAGACGAUCUUCCUGCCGGUGAUUGGCCUGGUCGAGGCAGAAGAUCUGAAACCCAACGACCUGGUAGGUGUCAACAAGGAUUCCUAUUUGGUGCUGGACAAGUUGCCGCCAGAAUAUGACUCUAGGGUGAAAGCCAUGGAGGUAGACGAGCGCCCCACAGACCAAUACAGCGACAUUGGCGGUUUAGAGAAGCAAAUUCAGGAGUUGCAGGAGGCCAUCGUGUUGCCGAUGACCCACAAGGAGCGUUUCGAGAACAUUGGGAUUCAACCGCCCAAAGGGGUGCUGAUGCACGGUCCCCCGGGCACGGGUAAGACCAUGAUGGCACGCGCCUGCGCGGCGGCUACUCAGGCGACCUUCUUGAAACUGGCUGGUCCUCAAUUGGUGCAGAUGUUCAUUGGUGAUGGUGCCAAGAUUGUGCGCGACGCCUUUGUUCUGGCGAAGGAGAAGGCGCCUUCCAUCAUCUUCAUCGACGAGCUCGAUGCCAUCGGUCAAAAGCGCUCGGGCGGAGGAGAGCUGUCAGGCGUCCGGGAGGUUCAGCGGACCAUGCUGGAGCUGUUGAAUCAGCUCGAUGGCUUCACCAACCAGACCACCGUGAAGAUCAUCGCGGCCACCAACAGGCCCGAUACCUUGGACCCGGCGCUCUUGCGCUCUGGACGGUUGGAUCGUAAGAUCGAGCUGCCCCAUCCCAAUGAGGAUUCCAGGGCCCGGAUCAUGCAGAUUCACAGCCGCAAGAUGAACUACAAGAAGGACGACGUGAACUUCGUGGAACUGGCGCGGUCCACGGACGACUUCAACGGCGCGCAGCUGAAGGCCGUCUGUGUGGAGGCGGGCAUGGAGGCCUUGCGCCGCGGCGCCUCAGAGCUUUGUCACGAGGACUAUGUGGCGGGCAUAGCUGCAGUGCAGGCGACGGGAGCUUUUGUUGGAUUAGACUGGUGGAAUUCAGGCAAACCCACUUUGCAACACUCUGCAGUGUUGCAGACGUCAGAUGGCUCCCCAAUGAAGCUCCUGGUGGCCGCGGCGUUCGUGGCGCUCGUGGCUCCGCUCCAGGCGAUCAAGGCCUCCCGGGGGAUCCAUCCGAACCUCGCGCCGCUCUUCAACGUCCGGACGGAUUUUGCGCGGACAGACCUCGACAAGUUCAAGGGUGUGGCUGCCAAGCUGGACAAUGUGACCAAUCAGAUCGUGGUGGUGAAUGAGGUGAAGGUCGGCCCUUCAGGCCCUUCAGGCCAUGCGGCUUGGGCGCACCUGGCAGACCGACUGAAUGAGACUGGUUGGAUGGAGCUCCAUGUGUCAACACCUCAUGAGGCUUUCUUCUCCAACGAUGUGAAGAUGUACAGCGCAGGGUUGCUGGAAGGCCUCCUGUCGGCUGAGCGGAUGUCGCAGUUCUACAGCAACUUCUAUCCGCUGCUCCAGCCGGAUGAGGACUCUUCCAGAGCCCUGCUGAACAUCAGGAACCUCUUCAAUUUGCAGGUGCAGCACGUGAUGCAUCAGUGCGGCCUUUCUGGCGGCCUGGGAGAGGAACCGGAAGAUCCAUAUUGGAAGCAGGUGCGCUACCUCUUCCUGCAGAUGUGGGGAUUGAAGGAUGCCUACAACGUUGUGGCGCAAGAGAAGGGCGUCAGCACCAUCGACAUGGUAGACAUGUUCUUCAUCAACUCCCAUGCUGAGCUGGGCGAAAUGAUGCAGGCCUACAGCCCAGAAGCCACUGCGGCACGCGCAGGAGAAUUGUCUCAGGGGAAGAAGAAGGUCUUCCUACAGAUGGACCUCAAGGAGGAACUGCUGAAGGAGUCCCAGAGGAAGGGCGAGAAUUCCAUCCCUGUGGAAGUGGACCGGGACGAGAAGCUGCGCCUGGCGAAACGAGGGCAUUGCUCUGCGCUGGUGCGCCUCGCCCCGUCCAAUGGCGAGCUUUUGGUGGGCCACACCACCUGGAGUGACUACAGCAAGAUGACGCGAGUUUUCAAGUACUACAACUUCCAUCUGCCCUUGUCUUUUCAGAGUAGCCACCUGAUUGCCUUGAGUUCUUAUCCUGGAUGCGUCAGCAGCACGGAUGACUUCUACAUGCUGGACAGUGGCCUCACAGUCAUGGAUACCACCUUGGAGGUCUUGAAUCCCAGAGUCUACGACCGCAUCUCCGAAGAUCCACAUCGACCGAGGUUGCCGCGAUUUCUGCACGUCAUGGCUGUGAACCGCGUGGCCAAGACAGGGACGCAGUGGACCUCCAUGUUGUCCUCGGAGAGCUUGGGCACUGGCAACUCCCAGUGGCUUGUGGUGGACUAUAACAGGUUCACUCCAGGGCAGCCGCUGCGCGAUGGCGCCUUGCGUCUCUUGGAGCAGUUGCCGGGAAUCUCCCACCAGGCAGACUUGACGUCUGAGCUGAGCGCCAAAGGAUACUGGGGCUCCUUUAACCGACCCUUCUUUCAGGAUAUCCGGCAGAUGUCGGGGCACGAACAGGCAGAGGCCCGCUGGGGCAGUUUCUACUCCUUCGAAGCGGCGCCGCGCGCAGAGAUGUUGCAGCGCUACGGGGCUGGUGUUGGCGACCUCAGUGGAAUGCGCGAUGCCAUGACCAAAAACAAUCCCAAGGAUACCGUGGUGGGACAGCCUUCCGGUCCGGGCCACGCCAUUAUGGCGCGCCUGGAUUUGGACGCGAUGGUCAACAACAUCCCCAAUGGUGGCAUUGACGCCAAGGUGACCAACAGUUGCCUUUUGAAGAAGAUGAAAUGCCAGGCCAUCAGUGGUCCCUCGCACCAGAUGCUGCCGGCCUUUCGCUGGACCAGCGAGG